AUGAUUACUCUUAUUUGGAAUGUGCGAGGUGCGGCUAGCGAGACUUUUAGGUGCAUCUUUAAAGAAUUGAUGAGACAACAUAGACCAGACAUUGCUAUUCUUUUGGAAACUAAGUGCAGUGGAGACAAAGCAAAAAGAGUGAUACAUAACCUUGGUUUCUCUUACUCUAUUUUGGAAGAAGCUCAGGGAUUUGUAGGAGGCAUAUGGAUCUGCUGGAAUAGACCAGAUAUCAACAUAACCACCAUAGAAAAGCAUAGUCAAUAUUUAUAUGUUAAAAUCCAAACUCAGAGUGAAAAGGAAUGGUUCCUCACAGCAGUCUAUGCCAGUCCUCAGAGCCAGAAUAGAAGGGAAUUAUGGCCUAAAAUUCUUAAUAUAGCUAAUCAGACUAUGGGAGAUUGGUUGAUAGCUGGUGAUUUUAAUGAAAUUAAAGACAGCUCAGAAAAAAAAGGCGGUGCUACUAUUAGUAACAGAGAUUGCAAAGUGUUCUCCGGUUGGAUAAAUAGAUGGGGUCUAAUUGAUUUGGGUUUCAUAGGGUCUCGCUACACUUGGAGAGGACCACAAUGGGAAGGACAAGAUAGAGUCUUCAAAAGACUAGACAGAGCUCUCGCUAAUCAUUCUUGGAGGACAAGGUUUCAUGAAGCCAUGGUAGAAGUUCUUGCGAGAACAAACUCUGACCACCACCCCCUCCUUAUUAUAAAUGAAAGAGAGAGGGUGAGAGGCCAAGAUAGACCCUUCAGAUUUGAAGCUAUGUGGGGAAUGCAUCAAGAAUUUCAAAACUGUCUGAACACUAGCUGGAACAAGAACAACUCUCUAUUAGGAUCCUUUGUGGAUCUUAAAGAAGACCUCCAGAAGUGGAAUAAAGAAACUUUUGGAAAUAUCUUCAAGAUCAAGAGAAGAAUUCUGAACAGAAUAAGUGGCAUUCAGAGGAGUAGAUCGUAUGGUAACAAUCGGUAUCUGGACAAAUUAGAGCAAGAUCUCAAUAAAGAGUUAGAAAACGUACUAGAUAAAGAAGAGACUUUUUGGAUGCAAAAAUCAAGACAACAAUGGAUAGUGGAAGGAGAUAGGAACACCAAAUAUUAUCAUACUAAGACUGUCAUUAGAAGGAGAAGGAACAAAAUUCAGAAACUCAGAAGAACAGAUGGAAGCUGGAUAGAAGAGGAUGAUGAAUUGAAAGACCAUAUCGUAAACCAUUUUCAAAGCAUCUAUCAAGAACAGGUGAGCAUUAGUCCAAUUGAAAACUUAUAUGAUACUUUACCUAAUUUCAACGCUUAUGUUUACAUGAAACUCAUAGCGGAGCCCACUGAAGAGGAAAUAAAAAAUGCUCUCUACAGUAUUGGAUCAUUUAAAGCACUAGAAAGUGAUGGAUUCCCAUCUCUUAUCUACAAGAAUAACUGGGAUUUAAUGAAAUAG